AUGGCUGACCGUAUCGGUGCGCCUACACCGAACUUUAUGUUGACCGAGCGCGACUCAUUGCCAAACAACAGACCUCUCGGCAAGCUCUGCUCCGAAUGGAAACAUUGUACGAAACCACCGGAGAUCGUCAUUCUCCUUCAGGCUGGGGCCGCCAACGUUACUGGCCUUAACAGUGACCUUGGCCUUGCCAGCCAUCUGGUGCUUGGCCACAUGCCUAAAGUUGCCGGACCAAAGCCAGGGCACGAAAGCAACAGGAUCAACAGUAAGAGUUGGAGGAGGAGGAGGACAUGA